UAAUGCAUCACAAGCUCCUACGAUGAAGUUCCUGGCUGUCUGCAUUUUCCUGAUCUUCGCCCUGGUGGCCGUCCAGGCCAAUGGAGGUGGUGGCGGAGGAGCCAGUGCCGUGGCAAGCGCCGAGGCCAAUGCCAAUGCCAACAGCUACGGAGGCCCAGCUUCCGCCCAGGCCUCUGCUAUCGCCAACGCCAACUCUGACGUCUCCGGCGGACGCCGUAACCACCACAGACAAUAUUAGGUGGACUCUUAAGAAACAGGCACGUCCACGGACGAGCCUUCUCUGUUGAAGCGAUUUCGAUACCAAGUUUUAAAUUAAAGUGCAAGAUUUUUUUCGGAUAUCUUAA